AUGCGGACGCCGACGGAGAUGAUCGUGGGGCUGGUGCUGUGCCCCUGCGGGCUCCUGCUGACACUCACGGGCACGCUGGCACCCAGCUGGAGGCAGGUGAGCCUCAUACCUGACCAGCCCAUGGACGUCGUCUGGGAGCAGGGCAUCUGGGACAUAUGCAGGGAGCGGCAGAGCACCCAUGACCGCCUGUGCGGGCAGGCUGACGAGCUGGGCUACUUUGAGCAGGUGCCCGUGCGGGUGGCCCAAGGGCUGAUGCCCUCCUCGCUGGUGGUCACCCUGCUGGGCUUGGUGGUGGCUGCCCUGGGCGUUCGCUGCUGGCAGCCGGAGCCCCGGCACCCAGUGGCCGGUGUGGCAGGGCUGGUGCUGCUCCUUUCUGGGCUGAUGAGCCUCGUGCCCAGCUCCUGGUACACGCAGGAGCUGUGGGCGCUGCCUGCACCGUCUGGCAGCACUCUGACCGUCGGCUACAGCUUGGUACUGAGCUAUUUGGGAAGCUGUCUGGAGAUCCUGGGCGGGCUGGCCCUCGCCCUCAGCUUCCAUCACUGCAGCAAGGAGUGCAGGGCUCCUAAAUUGCCCCCCACCCCUGUGACAGAGGCUGGGUCGGGCUCCAGUAGAGCUUACAACAAUCCCUGGGAUGUGCUGGAGGAUGAGCAAGAUGGACAGCACUGGGGAAGAAGCCCACCUUGUGACUCUGACUUGUAG